UCAGCAUUCUUCAGUACCGCUGCCGGUUUUAUAACCAUUUGCAAUUUUCCUGCUACUGGCAAUUUUUUGUUUUUUAAUAUUAAAUAAUGUCGCUGUUAUUGCAACAUGCUGCAAAGCUUAUUACGCGUAGAACGCUGCCUCUAAAAACUGCAAGCAGAUGUUGUUACUCCGUUGACGCGGAAUUAGGAGAUGGCACCGAAGUUUUAGUGGAACGUCUGCAAGGCAAACAGCAGGGCAUAACCGUGCUGGGUCUGAACAGACCAGCUGCGAAAAACGCCUUCAGUCGCGGGAUGGUCAACACUUUCACUGAUAUCCUGCAGGAUAUUAAGCGGGAUAACGGUUCACGUGUUGUAGUGUUGCGCAGUCUCACACCUGGCAUAUUUUGUGCCGGUGCCGAUUUGAAAGAGCGUAAAGGCAUGACUGCUGAAGAGACUAAAGAAUUUGUGACUCAGUUACGUAGCCUGCUCAUUAGCAUAGAGCAGCUACCCAUGCCUGUGAUUGCAGCCCUGGAUGGCGCCGCCUUAGGAGGCGGCUUAGAAAUGGCUCUGGCCUGCGAUAUACGCACAGCUGCCUCGAAUGCCAAGAUGGGUUUGGUAGAGACACGUCUGGCGAUAAUACCCGGCGCUGGCGGCACCCAGCGUUUACCUCGUAUACUCUCACCCGCACUGGCGAAGGAGCUGAUAUUCACGGCUCGCGUGCUGGACGGCGCCGAAGCCAAACAACUGGGUUUGGUCAAUCAUGUGGUGCAGCAAAACGAAACCAAAGAUGCAGCCUAUCAACAGGCGGUGAAACUGGCUGAAGAAAUACUGCCCAAUGGCCCGGUGGGCGUCCGCAUGGCCAAGCUAGCCAUAGACAAGGGCAUGCAAGUGGAUCUCAGCACGGGCUACUCCAUCGAGGAGGUGUGUUAUGCACAGGUCAUUCCCACCAAGGAUCGUCUGGAGGGUCUGGCGGCAUUCGCCGAGAAGCGCAAGCCUGUCUACAAGGGCGAAUAGACGAACAAUAGAAAGAAAUUGAUUUUCAUUUUCGGCCUUAAGCGGUGCAUUUAUUA